UGACGCUAGAUGAUAAUUGCACCACGGUCGCUAAUGCCCUUAACCUUCCGUCAUAGACUUUGUCCUGCGCUGCAUGAAUCAUCACGUAUCUUCAUAGUUGCUCACGUGUUUAAUGAGUUACAAGCGUCACAGAUAUGUCGGAGCAUGUGGAAUUGCAACAUUUAGUCGACGGUGAUGUAGAGAGCAACUCAACGAAUCAUAAAAGAAAGUUCUCUACUUUACUAUGUAAAUCGUGUCCCUAUCUGGGCCUGGUAUUAGCGACACUCUCGUCUCUGUUCUUCUCAUUAUGCAGCGUUAUUGUUAAAAGUCUGGUAGAGGUGAAUCCUGUAGAACUGGCCAUCUUCCGAUUUCUGGGGGUGCUGUUGCCAGCCAUACCAAUUGUGAUUUACAAGGGUGAACAUCCUUUUCCAAAGGGGCGUAGACUAAUACUUAUCCUAAGAAGUUUCAUCGGUACGACGGGACUUAUGUUGAGCUUUUACGCGUUCAGGCACAUGCCGCUGGCUGAUGCCUCUGUUGUUGUGUUUUCCGUUCCUGUGUUCGUCGCGAUAUUCGCACGGAUAUUUCUGAAAGAGCCGUGCGGACUAUUCAACGUUGUUACCGUGUGCUUGACACUGAUUGGCGUGAUCUUAAUAACGCGACCGCCACUGAUCUUUGGUCACACCGUGGAAUCUCUUUCGGACGGGGAUAUUAACCCGGGGCAUGCGGACCUGUGGGGAGCCGUGGCUGCUUUCUCGGCUACGCUAUUUGGCGCGAAUGCGUACGUCUUACUACGCGCACUGAAAGGUCUUCACUUCUCCGUUAUAAUGACAAAUUUCGGAUCAUUUGCCUUAGUACAGACUACACUUAUAUCGUGGGCUAUCGGUGCGUUAUGCUUACCGCGCUGUGGUACAGAUAGACUUUUGGUUGUGGCGCUCGCACUGUUUAGUUUCGCAGGCCAGAUCCUGCUGACUUUAGCUCUUCAGAUGGAACAAGCCGGUCCAGUGGCCAUAGCAAGAUCCACGGACAUUGUCUUUGCAUUUUUUUGGCAGGUGUUAUUUUUUAAUGAGAUACCAAAUCGAUAUUCAGUAGGGGGUGCUAUACUAGUCACGAGUUCAGUUUUGUUAACGGGUCUUAGAAAGUGGGCUCUUUCAUUGCCUGAAACAUCUAAUAUUAAAAAGUCUCUCGGAAUCUUGAUGAUAUAGAAGAGACAGGAUUAUUUUUGAGACAGGAAAUGAAAGAAAACUAAAGUAAAUUGGGCUACGAAAAAUAUGGUGAGAAAGAAAUUAUAUGUAAGAGAACAUGUAAUGAUAAAUUUAAAUGUUUUGAAUGAUGCGUUUUGCGAGUUUACAUAUUUAAAGAUUUAGUAGCAUAUUAUGAAUAAAUUUUGUUGUUUUAACAUGGAGGAUGUACUUAUAUAGAAAGAUAUUAUUUUUUAAAUAAUUUUACACUUGUUUUACUUAAAAUUUAUAGUGAAAUGACUUGAACUUCUGAUUCCUUCGUAAUAACAUUAAAUUAAGAUCAACGAGAAGAGAGUUAGGAGCUUUAAUUUAAUUUAACUGUUUUCGAUUUGAAGUCUUCGACGCGCGUUUCAAUAUUUAUCAUUAAAUUAUCUGAAGAAUCUGCCAAAUGUUAUAAUAAUAAUUCACACAAUAUCCUCCAUUGGUAGCUAAAAUUUAUAAAUCUGUUUCAGCAUAAUUUAUAAUUUAUUAAUUAAUACAAUAUUUAUUUGUUAUAUAUUGCGAUAUUUUAUUCUUAAUUUACUUUAAAAUCAAGAAAAGAAUUUGAAGCAACUCAAUUCUAGUCUAAUCAGUAUUACUUAUAAAUUGGUAUCAUAGUUAAAAAAUCAUUUUAUCAAAUAAUAAUGAAAAGUCAUUGCAAUAUAUUAGUAUUACAAUAUAUUAGUCAUACAUUACGAUUGUAUCACUAAAACUGAUCUAUAGCCAAAGAAGAGAAAAAGACAAAUUUUAUAGAUUAAACAAAAUUUAUUAUUUACAAAUUCGAAAAUUUAUUCGAUGCUUUACUACUAUUCGUAACCACAAGAUUGUGUAUGCGCGCGCGUGUAAUGUAAUCAUAUAAUGAUAAUGUUAAAUAUAAUAUUGUAUAAGAAUUUAGUAUUUUCUUAUGCUAAUUAAAUAUUUGACAACGCACAAUAAAAUAGCUCAUUCUUGGUUCUAUAAGAAUAUGACAAUUUUUUGUGUGUAUUUACAUAUAUGUACUGAAAUUAUCGAAAGAAUAUUGUGUAGCAUUGUCUAAAAUCUACUAAAGAUCUUCAAGAUAUAGACAAAUAAAUAAGUAAAUAAAUAUGCACAUUUAUUUAUUUACUUAUUAUCCAUUUAACAAAUGUAUUAAUUUGUUAUAUAGUUUAUGCACACACGUGUAUAUUGAAUUGCGAUAGUUUUUAGUUAUAAGAAUUUUAAUGCUUCCGAUAUAUUCUCUAGCAAAUUUGUAGUUAGGGUAUUAUAUUUAAUACUAAUUACUUAUUCAUAUGCUAUAAAUAAUAAAUAUAGCAAUAUUUAUUAAAAUAUACAGUUACGGUUAUUGAUGAUGUUCUAGAUUCGCACAAUGCGGAAUGUACAUAAAUCGCCCCUUAGAUUUUGCAAAAAACUUUACUUGCACAAGCUUAAUUCGCAUCGAUCAUGUAUUAUGAUUACGAUGAUUUACACAUAUAUUUUUAUGUAUAUAUGUGUAACACGUAGCAUAUAGAUCGUAAGAUAUAUUUCAGUGCCUUAUAUUCGUGUUUCGGAAAUAUUUUCUGCGUAAAAGUAACUUGUGCUGUUUCUGUAUAUUUAUUCAUUUAAAACUAAGAUCCUAGAAAGACUGUCUUUAGCCUCUGUAUGCGUGCAUAUGCACGUGUAAAUAAAACAAUUUUAUUUUUUCGUUAUUAGUAGGCAAUUAAACGCAUUACAGUGUAAAGUACUUAGACGAAUAGUUAAAUUAAGAAGAUAAAUUCUUUAAUCUCUUGCGGCAGCUUUAUUUGAAGUUUAGCCGAUAUUAUAUCGAAUAAGAUUCAAGGCGAUGGCUAAUCCUUCCCUAAUUAAUUAAAAUAGAUACACGUUUUUCUAAUGAAAGAUGGGCGAGAGAAAUGUAUAUCAUGAAUAUGAAGAAUAAAUUGCGCUAAUCAGUUACGAAUAAAUCUUCUAGUUCCUUCAAUAACGCAAAUAAUAAAAUAAUGUAAAACAGAAGUGUAUUCUCAUUACAGAAAUGUAACACAAUGGCAUGUUACAAUAAGAAACCACAAUUGCGAAUGUAAUAACAUAGUAAAGCCACAUGAUGAGGCUGUGUGAAACUGAAGAGAAGUUGAUAUUUAUUUAUAAAAUAAUUAUGAUCCAGAAAAUUACAUUGAUUACUUAUAGGUCACAGAUAUGCACAGUAUAUAUGCAAUAGAUACACAAAAAGACACGAUCGUGUCUUAUAAAAUUUUUACCUGUAAAAUUUGUUUACAGGAUUCUAUCGUUCCGAGCUUUCAAAUAUAUUGGAUCAAUAAUAUUGCGAGUUCAAUUUUAUAUAAAUAAUAUUUUAUAUAAAUAUGAAUACGAGUAUGCGUGCAUAUGUAAAUAAAACACGUUUCUAUGUUUCAUAAGAAUUUAAUAAAACAUAAUAUUAUUACCAACUAUAUCUUGAAAACAACAUAAAACUUCCAUAUAUAGCAUAUAUGCUUUUCUCGUAAAACUGCGAUUCUUGGAAACGAUGUAAUAUAUUAAAAAAGUAAUCUGUAAAAGCAAGCAUUUGAAUAAACUUUAG